AUGAUUACAAAGUUUAGCUUUCUCAGUAGAAACGAUACAUUCAAAAGGGCUCUAUUGAACAAGAUAAAAAAUAAGUGCAUUUAUUUUAAUUAUAUCAGAGCGUUCACUACCCAGGGUCACGAAGAAAUUGACGUGACAUUUGUAAAUCAGGACAAUUAUGAAAAAACCGUUAAAGCAAAAGUAGGAGAUAGCAUAUUAAAAGUUGCCCAUGAAAAUAGCAUAAACAUAGAAGGGGCGUGUGACGGUUUCUGCGCGUGUUCCACUUGCCACGUGAUCAUUGACGAAAAAUAUUACGACCUUUUGCCGGAAGCACUUGACAACGAAAUUGACAUGCUAGAGCUGGCCCCCUGCAUAACCGAAACUUCCAGACUAGGAUGCCAGGUGAAACUCAAAAAGGAGCUAGACGGAAUGAAGAUAAAGUUGCCCCCCAUGACGAGAAAUUUUUAUGUAGACGGUUAUGUCCCCACGCCGCAUUAA